AAAAGCCACACAGCGAGGACAAAUGGGACCCAAGACUCUGCCCCCUUCUUGCGGGCCUUCCUGUGAGCCCACAUUGCCAGUUCCUUCCCAAUCCAGACACGGAACUGAAUCCAACGGACAGGAGAACCCCUGGGGACCCACCCUGCCUUGCACUUACAAGGUUGCAUACCACACUUGAGGCAACGAAGUAUUUUUUACCACCACAGCCUAAGGAGCUGAGUGCUCUCCUGCAGCUGCCGACAUGCUUGCCAUGAACUCCUGGCACUUCAGUACAUUCAGCCGGUCAGCCAGGGAGCAGCAUGCCUUACCUCCACCGAGACUCAGGGCCCCAGGCACAGCCGACUCCCAAAGAUGCCAGGAUCACCCACUCGUCGGGCCAGAGCUUCGAGCAGCUGAGGCAGGGGUGCCUGAGGAAGGGUGCCCUGUUUGAGGACCCAGACUUCCCUGCCAACAACUCCUCUCUAUUCUACAGCGAGAGGCCCCCAGUCCCCUUCGAGUGGAAACGGCCUGGGGAAAUCGUGACAAACCCAGAGUUCAUUCUUGGAGGGGCCACCAGGACUGACAUCUGCCAGGGGGAGCUUGGAGACUGCUGGCUACUGGCUGCCAUUGCCUCCCUCACACUUAAUGAAAAAGCGCUGGCCAGAGUGGUCCCCCAGGAGCAAAGCUUUGGCCCUGGUUAUGCUGGGAUAUUCCAUUUCCAGUUCUGGCAGCACAGCGAGUGGCUGGAUGUGGUCAUUGAUGACCGACUACCCACCUUCAGGGGCCGCUUGGUUUUCCUGCACUCCGCGGAGCACCGUGAGUUCUGGGGCGCAUUGCUGGAAAAGGCCUACGCCAAGCUGAAUGGGAGCUACGAAGCUCUGAAGGGUGGCAGCACCAUCGAGGCCAUGGAGGACUUCACUGGGGGUGUGGCAGAGAACUUCCUAACUAAAGAGGCCCCGGAGAAUUUCUAUGAGAUUCUGGAGAAGGCCUUGAAGAGGGGCUCCCUGAUGGGCUGCUCCAUUGAUACCAGAAAUGCUACAGAAUCAGAAGCCCGGACACCUUUUGGUCUUAUUAAGGGUCACGCCUACACUAUAACAGGGAUUGAUCAGGUAAACUUCCGAGGCCAGAAAGUGGAGCUCAUCAGAGUCCGGAACCCCUGGGGCCAUGUGGAGUGGAACGGGUCCUGGAGUGACAGCUCUCCCGAGUGGCGCUCCGUUGACCUGGAUGAACAAAAGCGCCUGUGUCACAUGACUCUGGACGACGGGGAGUUCUGGAUGGCGUUCAAGGAUUUCAAGGUCCACUUUGACAAAGUGGAGAUCUGCAAUCUCACUCCAGACGCCCUGGAGGAGGACGCUCUGCACAAGUGGGAGGUGAUUGUCCAUCAAGGAAGCUGGGUUAGGGGCUCCACAGCUGGGGGCUGUCGCAAUUUCCUGGAUACUUUUUGGACCAAUCCACAAAUCAGACUGUCCUUGACUGAGACAGACGAGGGGCAAGAGGAAUGCACUUUCCUUGUAGCCCUCAUGCAGAAAGAUCGAAGGAAACUUAAGAGACUGGGCGCCGACGUGCUGACCAUCGGCUACGCCAUUUACCAGAGCCCUGGCAGAGAGGGACACCUGGACAAAGACUUCUUCAAAUACCACGCUUCCCAGGCCAGGAGCAAAACGUUCAUCAACCUGCGAGAGGUCUCCGGCCGCUUCAGGCUGCCCCCUGGGGACUACAUCCUGAUCCCCAGCACUUUCGAGCCCCAUCAGGAGGCUGAUUUCUGUCUGAGAAUCUUCUCGGAGAAGAAAGCCAUUACCCGGGAUGUGGAUGGAAACGUAGGCAUUGACCUCCCUGAGCCUCCAAAGCCAACUCCGCCUGGCCAAGAGACGGAAGAGGAGCAGCAGUUCCGGGCCCUGUUUGAGAAAGUUGCUGGCGAGGACAUGGAAGUGACAGCAGAGGAGCUUGAAUAUGUUUUAAAUGCUGUGCUGGAAAAGAAGAAGGACAUCAAAGUCAAGAAGCUGAGCCUGAUCUCCUGCAAAAACAUCAUUUCCCUAAUGGAUAGCAGUGGCAACGGGAAGCUGGAGUUCAAUGAAUUCAAAGUGUUCUGGAACAAGCUGAAGCAGUGGAUUGACCUGUUCCUUCGGUUUGAUGCUGACAGAUCGGGCACCAUGUCCUCCUACGAGCUGCGGACUGCACUGAAAGCUGCAGGCUUCCAGCUGGGCAGUCACGUCCUGCAGCUGGUCGUCCUCCGGUACGCAGACGAGGAGCUCCAGCUGGACUUCGAUGACUUCCUCAACUGCCUGGUCCGGCUGGAGAACGCAAGCCGGGUGUUCCAGGCUCUCAGUACGAAGAACAAGGAGUUCAUUCAUCUCAAUAUAAACGAGUUCAUCAACUUGACAAUGAACAUCUAAGGCUCUCCUGCUGUGGAUACAGCCUGCCCAGCUGCGUCUUGGCUUUUGGAGCACGAACUUCAGAACUGCCACGGCCGCAGAGCUGUCAGUCAUGUCCAAGGCUCUCCCUGCCCUGUCGUCCAGCUCUCCCCUCCCGCACAUUGAUCUGGGAAGAAUGACACAGAUUCAGCUCCAUUCUCUGGUUUGCACUACUUCCUUGUACGAUCACUGCCUUAGGGUAAUGGAUGGGACUCCUUGCCCCUUGCAGCCAGCUAGCAUUUCCUCCCUCUGCUCCCCCUACCUUUGCCUGCUAAUAAUUAUUCAAAGCUCCAGUCCCUGGAAUCCUGGCUUCAAUGUAGCUUCAAUCAUCAGAUUCAGAUAGUCUCUAUAAGAUGAUGUUUUCCUAAACAUGCGUGUGCGGAAUUGGAUGAGAAGGUCAAGGUGUGAGGUCUUAGCUAAGCAUUUUCUACAUCGCUAUGUGUGUCUCCUCAUGGGGCAGACAUCAGAGUAUUCUAGCCUCUAAUAAAAGUGGAUCAACAUGAAAAUCUCUACCUCUUCCUCCUCCAAGAGCUGGUAAUUAAGACAGUCCAUCCGGUCCAGACAGCCUUUGUGUCCAAAGCUUUGCAUGAGAAGACAAAUGCUUUGUGCCUCACUUUGGCUUUCUGGCACCAAAUGGGAACUCUCACUGAAUUAGAAUAAUGGGAAGCAGCAUAAUAAAAAAUAGUAUGCGUAA